AUGCAACUUUACAUAAUACAUCGAUACAGUGCAUCGAAAUUUCGAAAAACAUGGAAAGGUCGACCCCCUUCAGCUCUGCUGAUCGUUGAAACUCUCCUGCAGGCGCUGUUAGCUUUCGCCAUCAUUCUUGCAGAAUGUCCAGUUCACGUAGCAGGCAGCGACCUUACCGAAGAGGUGACCCUGCAAGCAGGUAGUCAGGGUGUAGUCCCAUUCCAUUUGCCUUGGUCCACUAAUGAUACAUCCCAAGGCACCCCAUAUUUUACAGUUCGGUUCGAAUCGCAAAAUCGGCCAUUUUGCGUCAAUGGAAUACAUGUGAUAGAUGGGUUCAAAAGCUCAACGCAGUCUUCAAGAUUUACGACAUCUGUCACAGGCUUAGACACAGCUCCCUGCGUAAAUCUAUUCAUAGAUGAUGUUGAUACUGUAGACCAGGAUAGAUACAUAUUCACUGCAAUCUGGUACAAGCUAGGAGACAUAAGACAUGAAGUUAUUAAGAAGGAGGUCGCUGUAACUGUUCCACCUGGAUCAGCAAAUUGCUUCAUUACUUUAAAUGACAACUGCGCUUAUGGAGAAGUACGAUGUCGAGCCACCACUGGAAGUGUAGGAACCUCACUAUCAUGUUACCAAAAUGACGAAAAGCUUAAUGUCCUUGAUGACAUCUCAGAUAUAGGGCGGGAAACCUGUGGUACGUUUUGUCUUCUUCAUGACACUGCUUUCUCUUGCUGUUCACAUGAAGUGACGUCAAACGUCAGUGGUGCAAAGUGCAAUGACUUCCAGUGGCCACCUCGCGUGCCUGGUAAACCCACUACAACACAGAACAUACCUGAAUCCCUUACCGAUAGCAUCAUUAGUAGGCCUACUUACUCCAAUCUUGAAACCAGUCAAAUGGCCGAAAUAGAAUUCGAUGUCGAUUCCGGGGCUGGUAGGCAACAGCCUCCACUUCUCAAAUACUUAUUAUACCCGUUGAUUCACGUCCUUCACUUUGUCUACUAA